CGCGAAUUAGAUGAGAAGUCCUCUGGUCCUCCCCACCAGCUGUGUUGUGUGCGGCUCCUGUAAGCUAGGUUGUCUAAAGAUGUCUAAAAGGAAGAGCAGCUCUGUCAGUGAAACCCCCAAAACCAAACGGGUAAGACCGUUGCAGGAGGAAGAGGAGGAGGAGGAGGAGGAUGAAAAUGUUGUUGAUGGUGAAACGGAUGAUCCUCUACUGAGCAGACAGGUGCAAGGUGCUGGUAAGGUGGUGAGUGAUGCAGGGAUUGUGGAGAGCAUCACGCUGAAGAACUUCAUGUGCCACUCACUCCUCGGUCCGUUUGCUUUUGGUUCCAAUGUCAACUUUGUUGUUGGCAACAAUGGAAGUGGAAAGAGUGCCGUCCUGACUGCUCUUAUAGUUGCUUUAGGUGGGAAUGCACAGGCCACAAACAGAGGAUCAUCCCUCAAGGGUUUUGUGAAAGAAGGUGAAAGCUCAGCUGAUGUAUCGAUUACCCUGCGUAACAAAGGAAGGGAUGCUUACAAAGCUGAGGUGUAUGGUUCAGCCAUCACUGUAGACCUGAGAAUAACACGUGAAGGGUUGAGAACCUAUAAGCUGAGAAGCAAAUCAGGUCACAUUGUCUCAACCAAAAAGGAAGAGCUCAUGUCCAUCUUGGACAAUUUUAAUAUUCAGGUCAACAAUCCUGUGUCAGUUCUCACUCAAGAGAUGAGCAAAUACUUCCUACACUCCAAAGGAGAGGGGGACAAAUAUAAGUUUUUUAUGAAAGCAACACAACUGGAGCAGAUGAGAGAGGACUUCGUCUACAUCAAAACCACCAAGCAUGUCACAGAGGAUAAAGUGGGGCAACAUAGUGAAUGCUUGAGAGACUUGAAGCGGAAGUACCUGGAGAAAGAGGACCGGUACAAGAGCCUGGCAUCGCUUGACGAAAUGCACACCAAACUGGAGGAGCUCCAGAAACAAAUGGCUUGGGCUUUGGUGACAGAGAUGGAGAAGGAGUUGGAGCCCAUGAAGGAGAAGCUGCGGUCAGACAGACAUUCCACAGAGAAAUAUGAUGAGAAGGUGGAGGAAUGGAAGAAAAAGAUCGAGGAGGCUGAGAUGAAGUAUAAGCAGAUCCAGGAACAGCUGGAGGGGAUUACCAAGCAAGUCCAGGAGCUCCAGCCCAAAUGUGCUGAGCUCAAGGCCGAGGCCCAGAAGCGCAAUACUGUGCUCAAAUCUAGUGAGGUCACUGUCCAUCGAUGCAAAGCUAACCUGAGGGACCUGGAAAAGGACAAGGUUCAGUUGUCCUCAAAGAUAAAUGAUCUCAAGCUGAGCAUCAGUCAGACAACGGGAGUGGAGAGUCAGGCCAGGACAAAGCGUAUGGAGCAGAUACAGGCCGAGCUGGAGAACCUUAGACACAAGAUUCCCACUCUGGGCCAACAGAUUGAUCAGUAUCAGCAUGCCCGCAGCCGUGCCAAGGAAGAACAAGCAAAGAUGAGGAGAGAACAGGAAGUGCUGCAGAGGUCCAUUGAAGCCAACAGAAGGAACCUGCAGACUAUGGAGAGCAGUCGCUCCAAUCGGCUGCGGCGGUUUGGAGAGCACAUGCCCACACUCCUCACUGCCAUCCAGGAAGCUCACAGAAGGGGCCAAUUCAAGCACAAACCCCGAGGACCCCUGGGUUACCUUAUUAGCCUGAAGGACCCAGAGCUGGCCCUGGCUGUAGAAGUUUGUCUUAAAGGCCAGCUGCACGCCUUCACCUGCGACAACCACGAGGAUGAGAGGGUGCUGCAGGGCCUCAUGGCCAAAGUGUUCUCAGGAAGCCGCAGACCUGCCAUCGUCACCAGCCAGUUCCUACCACACGUUCAUGAUACAAGAAGGAAGGCCGUGAAUCACCCUGAAUACCCCUCCGUGCUUCAGGCUCUAGAGAUUGAGGACCCAGUUGUGGCCAACUGCCUGAUUGAUCAAAGAAGUAUAGAGAGCAUUCUACUCAUUAAGAAUCGCACAGAGGCUCGGAGAGUGAUGCAGGGCAAAAACCCUCCUCACAACUGUAUCCUGGCCUUCACUAGGGAGGGAGACCAGAUCUACAAUAACCGCAGUUACACUGCCGAGCAGACCCGAGCCAAUCACCUCUCAGGAGAUGUUGAGGAGGAGAUCAGGCAUUUGCAGAGGGAGCUGGAGAACCAGAGAGCUCAGGCAACUCGCUUCCAGCAACAAAUGAAAAAGUUAGAUGAAGAAAUCAAACAGAACGAAGGACUGCUGAGAAGAGCUGACAUAGACAAGAAGACUGCCAGUGAUAAGGCCACGAAACUACAGCUGGAGCUGACAGACCUACAGAAUGUGGAGGAGCCUCAGUCAGAGGACCUCAGGCCCCUGGAGGAGGAUCUUCAGGAGAUCAUUACAAAGAUCGCGCCCAAGCGUGCUGAGUACGAAGAGGCACGAACUCAGAUGGCCGACCUCAGGGUCUCAUAUGAGAAGGCAGAGCAGGAGUACCAGCAGCACAAAGAGCAGAUCAACACCAUCACUGAGGACGCUGACCCGGUCAAGGAGGAGCUGAGUAAGAUUGACCAAGAGGUGAUGAAGUGCAAGCAUCACAAGAAACACUACGACGAGAAGCGCAGCGCCCAUCUCUGCAACAUCCAGGCCCUCGAGGCCAACCUGAAAAGCAAGGACCAGGAACUUCAGACAUCUGUGUCCAAGGCUACAGAGAUCUGUCCAGAGCGCCUGGAAGUGCGACGGACGGCCAGGAGUCUCGAUAGUGAGAUAAACCGUCUCAAGGUUAAGAUCUCUACCCAGCAGGAACAUCAGGGAGACCGGGAGGAGGUUGUGAGGCAGUACCAUGAGGCUCUGGAGAACUACAAGAACCUUGCACAGCAAAUGAAGAACCUCAGCAGCUUCAUCAAAUGCCUCGACGGCGUUAUGAACCACAGACUCCAGGUUUAUGCUGAGCUCAGGAGGUUCCUCUCAGCCCGCUGUAAAUACUACUUUGACAGCAUGCUGGCCCAGAGGGGCUACACUGGAAGUAUGAGCUUUGACCACAAGAAUGAAACUCUUUCCAUCUCAGUGCAGCCAGGUCAGGGAAACAAGGCUGACCUGAGCGACAUGCGCUCUCUGUCCGGAGGCGAGCGCUCCUUCUCCACUGUUUGCUUUGUGCUCUCUCUUUGGGCCAUCACUGAGGCGCCUUUCCGCUGCCUCGACGAGUUUGAUGUUUACAUGGACAUGGUGAACAGGAGGAUAUCAAUGGACAUGAUGCUGAAGGUGGCUGCUGGUCAGCGCUACAGACAGUUCAUUUUCCUCACACCACAGAGCAUGGGUACUCUUCCUGAGAGCAAAAUCAUUCGCAUCCUGCAACUGAAAGAUCCAGACCGUGGCCAAAACAACACACAAAGAGAUCAAGAUCAGGACCAGUAGUGUUGCUAGCUCAAUUUAACAUCAAAUGAGACCACUAGCAGGAGUUAAGACCCUCCAUGAGUCUAACCCCAGGACAGGCCACACAGCCUGGCAAGUCAGAGUUGUACGCUGAUUAUUGUUUUUAGGUAAAAGUUGAAGAAAUGCCGCUACAAAAUGUGCUUCAUUCCUCAGAAGGUUUACUUCCAAAUAAACAAGAAUAAUUGUUAAAAAUCGUGUUUCAGAGGCAGUGUAAGUUAAAUGUUUUGUACAAUAUAAUCGAGUUACAUUGAGGGGUUUUUACGGGGGGAGGGGAAUUUUUACAUCAUUUGUCAAAAUAACUUAAUGGCUUGAAAAUUGUUAUGUUCAUUAAAUGUUCAUUAAACCAAACAAUACGCAAAUGCUGUGUUGGUGGGUUUUUUAAAGCAUGGAAACAUAUUUCAGGACAAAACAGGAUUGUACCGGACACAUAAUGUAUAUAAUGUA